AACUUGGACCUACAAUUCAAAAAAUUCUGAAAAUAAACAUAAAUUUUAAUGUAAAUAUAUUUAAAGGCAAUAGAAUAGCAAUCUAGAACGGUUCUGACCUUUCUGCAAAGGAGUAAUAUGACCAACUAAACAGCAACUUUAACUAUGCAUACAGGAGUCCCUGUCGGAGAUCCAGCGAAUGUCUUAACAGUCCACGUUACAUUUGUGAACAGAUUUACAUUUCGGAAAAUAUUGAAAUGUGCCUAAGAAAAAACCAAAGGCCGUUUUGCAUUCUAUUGGCAUUAGUGACGAUAAUUUGGGGACUUACGGAGAUCAUAUACGGUUCCUUCCUUUUAGCCGAGGAAGGUAUAAAUAAUUGGUUGCUGGCGGCAGUCGUGGCCUGGACUCCCAUUCUCAUUGCCUCGAUUUUUCUGAUUCUAGGCGCACUAAAAAAAAUUCCUCGUUUCCUGCUGGUCUGGAUAAUAGUUUCGUUGGUAUGCGGAAUAGCUCUGAUUAUUAUAAAGACGGGAUUGUUGAUAUAUUUGCAUGAAUGUCAAGUAAUUAACGAUAUUGUGACAGCCAUUUCGAAUAUCAUCUUUUUAUUGCUGGUCUAUGUUUGGGCAUUCUACCCAUAUGCAUACAUGCGAGACAUGAAAGAACAACUAUUGGAAUAA